AUGGCUUCGGACCAAUCACAGGUUAUCCGGCUCAACACCCUAGAGGUGUUUGUAAAGAAGAUAUGUAAUAUCCUAGUUGACCUUGAUGUUCCAAUUAUGCUCUUAGCAGCCUUAAAGAAGAAUAAAUAUAGAAAGCCAUCUACAGGAAUAUAUGAGUAUACAUGCAGAGAAUAUGUAGAUAGGCUGAAGUAA